UUCUUGUGGCUUGAACCUUGUCAACAUGUCUACAGUGUAACUAGAUCUAGUCUAUAGAUAAUUAUAGUCUCUGUAGUCAGAGGGAACUAUGUUGAAAUACAGGUCUCUGUGCAACAUAUAAUAGGUUUGACAAUUAGCUAUAGGCAUAUGGAGCCUAAGAAAAAUGAAUGCUCUGCUGAAGCAUAGAUAUAAGAAGGGAGAUAUCUAUGGCUGAAGCUGUUGGACGACCAGAUUUUUACGGCAUCUCACCUGGAGAAGUUCUUUAUCAAAGUGGAGACUCAUUCAAGAGGUAUAUGGAUGAUCAUAUCGAAACACUUAUUCAAAAGAUGAUUUCGGAGAAGAUUAUAGGCAGAAAAUUUGGUAAAGCGAUCAAAAACAAACACAAUUCCUUGGAUAUGCUUCUGGCAACAAUGAAAAAAAUGUCUCUAGAGAAGUUUGUCAAAUACCUUCAAUUGUUACUAACCAUCUCUAAAUCUGAAGAACCUGUUGUAAAAAAGGGAGCGGAAACAGUGGUGGGAAAUUUAGAGGAUGUGAAAACGAUACAAGACAGUGCAAAAAAUCUAAUGGGAUUGAUGAAGGGCUCACUUGAAGCAAUGAAACCCGCACCUGGCUCAGAUCUACACGCUGUAAUCACUGACUUGGUGCAUUUUGUUUUGCAAGACGGGCAUGUUCAAAGUCAAACCGAAUUACAACAAUUGGAUGCACCUAACCUCUCACAACCUUUCCAACCACCAGAAGGAGAUCUUGGGAAUCCUGAGUUUGGCGUAUUCACGAAUAAAGGUGGGACUCUCUACUCUGCACUGCAUGGUGUCACUGUGACCAUCCCCCCCAAAGCCAUCCCUGGAGCCAUUCCCAACUUCUACCUCUCCAUGCACUUUUAUCUGCAACAACCGUUCACUCUAAUGGAUGAUGCAGACCCUUGCUCUGUGAUAGUGUGGAUAUAUCAAGACCCUCGCUUUCAUUUUCUCGAGGACGUCACUGUCAAGAUUCCCCACGCUUCCGUUGUCGAUGGCUCCCUCUGUGUAUUGACCUGGGGUAAAGACAAACAACUGAACCUCAACACCGAAGUCCCAGCUGACUUUAGUGAUGGAUACCAUGCUGUCAUCAAAGUCAAGCAUUUCUGUCCGAAAGUCGCUGCGAGAAGAAAUCCUGUACGAAAAUGUACUAAAAAACCUGGAAGUAGUAAAAAUAUGAAAAAGAUGGAGAAUUUGAAAAGUAGCAGUUUGGAGACGUCCAUUGAGGAAGGCUUGGUAAGUCUCACUAACAGUACAGAGGCUGUCAACAUAAGACCCCUCCCUCGUCAAGAUGCUAUCAGUAUGGAGUGUGACUCUCCAGCUGUGCCAGUAUCACAGGACAGUCUAACGGCCGAGGAAGAUGAGUCUGGUUUCAAGUACAGCAUAGCCUGCAGCAUGCCCUCUGAUCGAUCAACGGGAGACUGGAAGGUGCAGUUUGCAGCUUGUCAAAGCAACCCCACAGGGAUCUUGUUGUUGUGGCAGUUGGCAGAGAAGUUAUUUUGCAAGAAUUUUUAUCUUUAUCGUGUGGAUUAUGUUAGAAUCAGAGGAGGCUCUUUUGAAAUGUGUCCAGAAACUUGGAGUGACAACAUUUGGAAGAUUGAUGCGUCUGAGAAGAAACCAUAUGCAAGUACAAAAAUAUUUGAGAAACAGAUACUGUCUGCCUCAUCUAAGGCAAAACUGCCUGGGCAGGCCUUUCAUAAUCCCCCUAGACUGUGUUAUGACGUGUAUCACUUGAGUGAGAAUGUCCAUUCCAAGCUGCACUGCUGGAUGUAUGCACAGAGAGCGCGCACUGAUAACGGUUGUACACCCUGCUUCAUUAUCACAUCCACUCCAGUGGAAAAGAUACCCAUUACUAAGAAUGGUGACAGAGUCCUAUUCACCAGUCCCUAUCUCUAUGCCGUUGACAGUGACAUCAUCAAACUUCUCAAUCACCAAGGCCAGAACAUCAUUCUUGAUACUCUAACGUCCGAACACCUCAAGUUCCUCGCAGAUAUCAGUCUCCAGUUACCUGAAAUUCAACGACUGUGCGAAGCAUUGAACAUAGGGUACAGGCCUAAUGAAAAAGAAGAUACCUUUACAAUUCUCGGCAAUUGGGUGGCCAGUCAAGGCGGAGACGCUAGCUUGAUACGACUCAAGAAGCAACUCAGGACUGUAGAUAUUGUCGACAUUGCUGUGUGUGAGAACAAAGACUCGAGUGUCCUGCUCAGUCCACACCUAGAACAUUGUUUGAUUCUGGACAUUUUCACAAAAGAUAGGUCGGCACCAAGUUAUAAAGCCCUGCUAGAUCUGUCUGGAAAGUUGGAACACUGCUGGAAGGAUGUUGGCCGUCUACUAGGAAUCGCACCUAACGAGUUAGAGAAGAUUGUUCUACAGGAGAAAUCGUUUAAUAUUAUCGAUCCACCGUCGUACCAACUGAUUUUCAAUUGGCAGAGGAGAGAGGGGAGGGGAGCUACCUUCGGGGCACUCUUCAAGGCCAUUCAUCGAGUGUUCCACCAUCAACCAUUGUUAAUCAAUGAUGCUCAUCUAUUCUGUGUUCAUUAUGUUCAUGAACAUCUACCCAUCCAUGCGGUGCAUUAGAUUCCAUUCGCCAAACUAUAUAUUUUUUUAUGAUGCAUAUACAUGUAUACCGGUAUAGCUCGUAUAUACCAUUCAAUAACCUUCAUUUAUCAUCAGCCAUCUAUCGUAGCCACUUUGACACAGUUACAUCAUUUUUUCAAUUAACUAUUAUAACAUCACUUCCCCCAAAAAUUACUAAUCUAUAUAUCAAAGCUAUGAUGUCACCAGCUAAUAGCAGUGUGCUACAUUUAAUAUAAUGUUCAGUUAGGAUUUAA